UGAAGUUUUCUGUGACUGCCAGAAAAACAUCCUGAAGGAAAAUGAUUGGAUUACAUUUCCCAAACUAUCAGACACUUACAAGAGGAUAGCGGAGGAAGGACCUGAUGUGUUUUACAAUGGGACAAUGGCACAGACAAUUGUUGAUGACAUCCAGGCAGCAGGUGGGAUUAUCACCCUGGAGGACAUGUUGGACUACAGGCCUGUGUUGAAUGAGAACCCACUGAAGCUGACCGUGGGCGAGUACACCAUGCACGUCCCAGACGCCCCCUCCAGCGGCCCAGUCCUGGCACUCAUACUCAACAUAGUGGACGGGUAUAACUUCACUGGCACAAGUGUUUCAACGGCCGAGAAAAAGACUCUGACGUAUCACCGCAUCGUGGAGGCUUUCCGGUUUGCUUAUGCCAAGAGGAGCAAACUAGGGGAUCCACGUUAUCUCAAUAUCACUGAUGUGAGAACCCUGAUACACAGCUUUCAAAUAAAAA